AUGGCCGAGCCCAACAACAACAUCCUCGGUCUCCGUGCCCAGAUCAUUGACAACUCAAACUUCCUCUUUGCCAACAGAUCACUCUCCGUCAUCACGCUCCUAUCUUCAACCGGUGAUACGUGGUCAGCGAGAGCCAUGGAUGGUACCGAUAUGAUCGCUGGUGGAGAGUUCUGCCGUACCCCUGAGCUCGCCUUACAGUCUUUGUUAGACGAGACAAGCAAGAUGAUCUGGAUCAAGGUGAUGCCGAUGUAUGAGCCUUAUUGA